AUGGCCACCACGUCUCCUAUCGAGGAGAAGCCCAGGAGUGUCCUCAGCGAGAAGGACGUCUCCGGGGUCGAGGUAGAGCGUUCGCGUACCGAGCAUCAAGAGAUUGUGCAGCGGUAUGAAGACUCGAAGGCGCGCAAGCGCGUGUUGAGAAAGAUCGAUAUACGUCUCAUCCCGAUCAUGGGUAUCCUAUACUUGAUAAGUCACAUCGACAGAGCCAACAUCGGCAACGCAAAGAUCGAGGGCAUGGACAAAGAUCUAGGCCUGGUCGGCAACCAGUAUAACAUCGCCAGCACCAUUUUCUUUGUUCCAUAUAUCAUCUUCGAAAUCCCGUCCAACAUGGUCCUCAAGAAAGUUCGUCCCAGCAUCUGGCUACCGCUCCUCGUGGUAUGCUGGGGUACUGUCAUGACCUGCAUGGGCGUUGUCAAGAACUUCCGCGAGCUCAUCGCGUGCCGCGUCCUCCUCGGUACAUUCGAGGCCGGCUUCUUCCCUGGUGCUGUCUUCCUGGUCAGUUGCUGGUAUAAACGAAGUGAGCUGCAACAGCGGCUCGCUCUCUUCUAUACCGCAUCAGCCUUCUCUGGAGCAUUCUCAGGUCUCCUUGCCUUUGCGAUUGCCAAGAUGGAUGGUGCACGUGGCAUUGAGGGCUGGCGCUGGAUUUUCCUGAUCGAAGGCGCUGUCACGGUAGCGACUGGACUGGUCGUACCGUUCCUGAUCACCGACAGUCCAGAGAGUGCCUCAUGGCUCUCGGAUGACGAAAAGGCUUUCAUCAACGCCCGCCUCACUAUCGAUGGUGUCAUCGCGACGACCGAGGAAGGAGACAAAUUCAGCUGGAAGCUCUUCUUUGCGGCAGUGCUCGACCCGAAGGUCUGGGCUGGUAUCGUGAUGGCAUGGGCGAACUCGGUGCCCAACGCUGCUUUCAAGUUCACCAUGCCUCAGAUCAUCAAAGGACUCGGCUUCACCUCCUCCAAUGCACAGUUGCUGACCAUUCCACCCUACUUCUGCGGUGGUAUGGCUGCCUGGAUCAGUGGCCGACUUGCAGAUCGCUUCAAGUGGCGCUUCCCCUUCAUCGCAGGACCGCUCACGCUCUUGAUGAUCUCUCUGGCGGUGCUCUUCGGCCUCGCAACAAAGGUCAAGGACAAUGUCGGAGCACUCUACUUUGCCAUCAUCCUGGCACAGGUUGGCACGUACCCGAUCCUGCCGUGCAUCUCAGCAUGGACUGGUAACAACCUCGCUCCUUCCUGGAAGCGAUCAAUUGGCCUGGCGUGGACUCUUGCUGCUGGAAACAUUGGCAGCUUGGUCGGAACAAACAUCUUCCUGGAUAAGGAGGCUCCCCGCUACCAGACCGGUUACGGAACAGCCUUGGGCUUCAUCUGCUUGGGUCUGGGAGUUGCGUGUGCUCUGGAGGUGUGCUUGAAGAUUGGGAACAAGAGGAAGGAGAGCAUGUCCGAGGACGAGGUGCGGCAGAAGUACACUGACGCGGAGCUGGACAAGAUGGGAGACAAGAGUCCUCUCUUCCGGUACAUAUUGUGA